AUGGAGCGCAGGCACGUCAAGUCUCAUUGCGAUAGUGCCAUUCACAAGCGGCACGUUACUCUCAGACGUUCUGGGAGAACCUAUGUGUCCAAACCUCGACAGCCGGAGAGUCCUGCCCUCGAUGACUUCAAUAUGGAAGUCGACCAUAGCUCCGGAUCUUUCCAGCACGACGCUGAUGGCCAAUAUGAACCCGGGGAUCCCAGCAACGAAUCCGACAGUGGGCAGCCAGCACCGAUAUUGGCACGCGUUGAAGAUGAAUCAAUCCCCUUGUCCGAACUAUGGGAUGUGGGAUUGCAUCGUGAUACCUACGAGAUCAGCGGGGGACGGGAUUUUUUUGAUGAAUUUAAGGCUUCGCUACUCGACAAUGGUCAACUUCUCAGGAUGCCUCUUGCUCCUCUCAAAGAUGAGAUGGGCUCUCAAGAUGUUGACUCGGAGCCUGAUUUCGGGAUCGAGUUAUUGUGCGAAUCAGAAAUUCCUACCAAUCCCGGCUCGAUACACGAGAAAGUUAAGCAUGGGAGUCCGUACUAUCCUUGGUCAUCGAAGGGACACUUCGUGACAUCGCUUUUGUUCAGUUCGGCGCGGCUGCCCUUUUCAGAAGCACAGAAGAGAGCUGUUCUUAGCUGGGCCAGGGACCUUGGUGCUCGCGACGUCCCAUCUCUCCGGGCUAUUAAGCAAUCAAACGAGCGCAUCCACGGACUUGUUGGGAAUCCGACGCGCAAAGUCACAUCUGCGUCCGGCAAUAUAUUUUAUAUCAACGAUAUCGGACAUGCGAUUGCAAAGGAUUAUGCAAACCCACUCACUCGCUUUUCGAUGCUGGACUAUCCGGAGGACGGAGGAGCGGGAAUGUCUCAAGUUUGUCAUGGGCAGAAGAUGCUGCUAGAGGUACCAUCACCUCCGGCAGCUCGUGUGGAUGGCAACAUUUACUUUGUCCAUGAACUUCUGCAAGAAUGCUCGGGAGACUAUUUUGUCCCCGAGCGCUUUUUUAAUGCUUCAUAUGAUCCAUUGAACCCAGGGCGCUCACACGGUCCAGGCCAGCAGAAGGAGUUAUAUGCUAUGGGCCGUGCUGUGAAAUAUACAGAUGCUGGUUUUAUUGUCAGUGAUGAACAAGAAGUUGUACCGGUUUCGAUCUUCAGGCGUUCAUUCGAGGAUAUUGCGGGUGAGCUCACAUGUGGGGUUACAGCAUCGUCUGAAAAAUAUCUUAAGCUUGUACCACACCCACUCCGUGAAAAAGCGAAGGGUUGA